AUGGCCGCCCCGAUCAACGACACGCACGACGCCAGCCUCCGCAGCUGGGUGGACUCCGCCAACGAGCCCGGGUGCGAUUUCCCGAUCCAGAACCUGCCGUACGGCGUGUUCCACCACGAGGACGAGGACGAGGACGACGCGCGCGUGGGCGUGGCGAUCGGCGACAUGAUCCUGGACCUGUCCGUGAUCGCGGACGCCGGGCUGCUCGAGGACGUGGACGCGGACGACGAGGAGGACAUCGAGGAGGAUGUGAGCGCGCCGAUGCUCAACCUGCUGAUGUGCUCGGAGCCGGCGCGGUGGUCGGCGCUGCGCCGGCGGAUCAGCGAGCUGCUCAGCGACGGCAACGACGAGCUGUGCGGCGACGCGUCGCUGAUGGAGGACGCGCUGAUCCCGAUGAGCGAGGCGGUGAUGGUGAUGCCAGCGGAGGUGGGGGACUACACGGACUUCUACGCGUCGAUCCACCACGCGACGAACGUGGGGUCGAUGUUCCGCCCGGACAACCCGCUGCUCCCGAACUACAAGUGGAUCCCGAUCGGGUACCACGGUCGGUCGUCGACGCUCGCGGUGAGCGGGACGCCGGUUCGCCGCCCGCUGGGGCAGACGAAGGCGGACGACGCGGACCCGGUGUACGGCCCGUGCAAGCUGCUCGAUUACGAGAUGGAAGUGGGCGCGUUCGUCGGGCGGGGGAACGAGCGGGGCGAGAUCAUCCCGAUCGACGAGGCGGAGGACCACCUCUUCGGGCUCUGCCUCGUGAACGACUGGUCGGCGCGCGACAUGCAGAAAUGGGAGUACCAGCCGCUCGGGCCGUUCCUGGCCAAGAGCUUCCUGACGACGCUCUCCCCGUGGGUGGUGACGAUGGAGGCGCUCGCGCCGUUCCGCGUCGCGUCGCUCCCGCGCGAGUCGGGCGACCCGGCGCCGCUCGAGUACCUGAGCUCGAAGGAGGACCGGGAGUUCGGCGGCGUGGACCUGACGGUGGAGGUGUACCUCUCGAGCGAGCGGAUGCGCGCCGAGGGGAUGGAGCCGGUGCGGCUGAGCUCGGGGAACUUCCGUCACAUGUACUGGACGGUCGCGCAGAUGCUGACGCACCACGCGAGCAACGGGUGCUCGAUGGACCCGGGCGACCUGUUCGCGAGCGGGACGGUCUCGGGCCCCGAGAAGGGGAACCGCGGGUGCCUGCUGGAGCUGACCUGGCGGGGCAGCGAGCCGAUCGAGCUCCCGACGGGUGAAACGCGAAAAUUCCUUGCCGAUGGCGACGAGAUCACCAUGAAGGGGUUCUGCGAGCGUGACGGUUACCGCCGGAUCGGGUUCGGAUUCUGCUCGGGCGUGGUGCUCCCCUCGGUGAUGGCGACGGUGUGA